CCUGCCUCCACCGCCACUACUACUACCACCACUACCACCACCACCACCACCCCACCCUCGCUUCGCCAUCUCCGACCGCUGUUGUAAAGCGAUGGAGCCGUAACCAACCUCAGUGUGCUGAACUGAGCCGAGCGUGUGAAGCCGCGGCGGAUACGAGGAGACAGCUGAGACCAGGCGGCUAUGGAGGAGAAGCGCAGCGAGGCUGGAGUCUAGACUGCACGCAAAUCAACUGACCCACUCGUCCGGAUUACUUUUUUGCCACAUUUUUUGAACUCUACUGCCACUGUUAGAACAGGGACUUUAUAUAUAUAUAUUUUCCCACCCGAUCAUCUUAGGCUACCACUGCUCGGCGAGGAUGCAGGGGAAGGAGGCGAGCUUUUGCACGGGAUGCUGGAGACUAACGCUGCUGUCGUGCGUCCUGGCUCUGCACUUGAUCCCGCCGGCUGUCCACGGAAACGUUGUCGGGACCAAUGUCACGGUGCCGGACAGCACGACCAAUGUGACCUCCCCCCUCAGCGAGGAGGAAGGGCCUGUUAAGGUCAACGAGGUCGUCGUCACUGUAACCGGGAUGGGCAGCUCGGCCAGUCCCGACGCCAUCAGCACUGUGACCCAGAGGGCGGGCCGCGUCCCCCGUGCCGGCGAGGAGGAGGAGCAGAGCAGCGGCAUGUUUGGCGAAUCGGUGAUUCCUGCGGUGGAGGAAGUGGGUGUGGCAGCCCCGCCGCAGCUCAGCCCCGAUUCGGCCGAGACGGAGCACCUGCUGCCCAGCACCCCACGUAAACAGGAUGCCAUGGAGGGCGAGGAGGAGGAAGAGGAGGAGGAGGAGGAGCGUCUGCCGCACACCGACCCACCUUGGAUCCACGCCAAGGACACAGCCGUGUUUGACCUGGACCACCUUUUCACCACCACUGCCCCGCCCCCAGCCAACCCCUCUAACCCCGACGUCCUCCAUGUCGACUUUUUCGACCCUUCCUCCCGUGGGCGCAAUCUGGACCUGGCCCCGCCCUCUCCUUCAUCACUGGCCCAUGAGCUGCAGGGUGGCGACCCGACCUCCUGGGCGAUGCCGGACAACUACGACUACCUCACGCCCUAUGAGGACGGCGUGUCCCCCACACCCGACGAGUACACCUACAGCACCACAACUGACGCCUACGAGAGCGACGAAGACCUCCGACUGUCUACCGGGUCUCGCUCCAGGCCCCAGGUCCCGGGUUCUGGCCCGUUCAUCCCAGGGGCGUCACUCCCUGGUGCGGGAGCGCCGGUACCAAACAAGCCUGUGGCGGCUCCUCCGGCGGCCUCACCAGUGGACGGGUCAGACGGGUUGGGCGGAUGCCGCGUGGGCUACCAGAUGGUGAACGGAAGCUGCCGCUCGCCCUGCGACUCGCUGCCCAACUACUGUUUCAACGGGGGACAGUGUUACCUGCUGGAGGGCAUGGGAGUCUUCUGCAGGUGUAACGUCCAGGACUACAUCUGGCACAAGGGUGCUCGCUGCGAGUCGGUGGUGACCGAGUUCCAGGUGAUGUGUCUGGCCGUGGGCGCCUCGGCUCUGGUGGUCCUGCUGCUCUUCAUGAUCGUCGUCUGCUUCGCCAAGAAGCUCCAUGUGCUCAAGACGGAGAACAAGAAGCUGCGCAAGCGCAGCAGUAAGUACCGGCCUUCAUCGGAGCAGCACAAUGAUAAUUUCUCGCUGUCCACCAUCGCUGAGGGCUCCCACCCAAAUGUAAGGAAACUGUGCGACACCCCUCCUAACGUCCCUCAUGCCCGUGCAUUGGCUUACUAUGAUAACAUUAUCUGUCAGGAUGAUCCUAAUUCCCAGAACAAGCUGGAGGACCCGGUGAAGGCCUCGCCCAAGGAGGACGACUCCCUCAACAUCCACAACUCUCUGACCCCCAAACACGAGAACCACAAGGUCCUGGGCGAGGAGAACUCCUCGGAGGUAAACUCACUGCAGAACAACAUGAUGUGAAAACAAAAAACAACACAACCCCAGCAACCUGACAACACCACACCGAAAACGUCAAGGUGCGCCGGCAACGGGAGUCCCCCUCCACCCCC